AUGCCAUCGCGCUCCUGCGUCGACCUCUUCGAUCUGGUGGACCUGCCUUCUCCCACGAGGCCGCUUACCCCUCGGCUCCCCCGAGUCAUGGCCUUCCCCGGCAUCAUCUCCGAUUUCGGCGACGGCGAUCCCUCCUCCGGCGGCGGCGCCGGGGGAAGCUGCGGCUCUCCCGUCCCCCGGCAGAGGAGGAUCAUCGUCACCAACCAGCUCCCUCUGCGCGCGCUCCGAGAGCCCUCCACUCGCCGGUGGCAGUUCUCCUGGGACCAGGAUGCGCUCUCCCUCCAGCUCCACGCCGGAUUCCCCCAAGGUACGGAGGUCGUCCAUGUCGGGACUCUGCAUCCGCCGGACACAGAUGCUGAUGCGGCCGUCGAUCCCGCGGAGAGGGAGGAGGUCUCUCAGAUCCUCUACGACCAAUUCCGCUGCGUUCCCGUCUUCCUCCCUCCCGAGGUUCACAACCGGUUCUACCAUGGAUUCUGCAAGCACUACCUCUGGCCGCUGUUCCACUAUAUGUUGCCCUUCUCCCCCGCUGACAGGGGGGGAGUCCACUUCGAUCGCUGCCUCUGGCAGGCCUAUGUCUCCGCCAACAAAGCCUUCGCGGACACCGUGACCGAGGUCCUCAAUCCAGACGAGGACUACGUCUGGGUCCAUGACUAUCAUCUCAUGGCGCUUCCCACCUUCCUCCGGCGGCGAUCUCACCGUGUCAAGAUCGGAUUCUUCCUCCACUCCCCAUUCCCGUCGUCGGAGAUCUACCGGACUCUGCCUGUGAGGGACGAGAUCUUGCGGGCGCUCCUCAACUCUGACCUCAUCGGGUUCCAUACCUUCGACUAUGCCCGCCACUUCCUGUCCUGCUGCAGCCGGAUGCUGGGGAUCGACUACGAAUCAAAGAGGGGGUACAUCGGUCUGGAGUACUACGGGCGGACGGUCAGUAUCAAGAUCCUCCCCGUCGGUGUGGACAUGGGCCUGCUUGAGAGGGUGAUGCAGUCUCCGGAGGCCGGGGAGAAGGUCAAAGAAUUGUCGGAGCAGUAUAAAAACCGGACGCUGCUGCUGGGCGUGGACGACAUGGACUCAUUCAAGGGCAUAAGUUUGAAGUUCCUGGCCAUGGGACAGUUGCUGGAAGAGCACCAGGAAUGGAGGGGUCGGGCAGUCCUUGUUCAGAUUGCAAACCCGGCAAGAAGCAAAGGUAAAGAUGUGCAGGAAGUGCACGACGAAAUGCGCGAGGUAGCGGAGAAGAUCAAUGGUAGAUUCGGCACACCAGGUUAUGAACCAAUCGUCAUAAUUGACCGACCUGUGCUCACCUACGAGAAGCUAGCUUACUAUGCGAUUUCAGAAUGCUGCGUGGUGAACCCAGUCAGAGAUGGUAUGAACCUUGUGCCUUACAAGUACACGGUAUGCCGGCAGGGAACACCAGCAUUGAUGCAUUCACCAAAGAAGAGUAUGAUCGUGGUUUCAGAGUUCAUUGGCUGCUCCCCAUCGCUGAGUGGUGCGAUCAGAGUGAACCCGUGGAAUGUUGAUGCAGUGGCUGACGCAUUGAACCUGGCCAUCAAGAUGCCAGAGGCAGAGAAGCAGAUGCGGCAUGAGAAACACUUCAAGUACAUCAGCUCUCAUGAUGUAGCAUAUUGGGCAAGGAGCUUCGACCAGGACUUGCAGAGGUCCUGCAAAGAACAUUUCCUGAAGAGGUGUUGGGGAAUUGGGUUUGGUCUGGGUUUCAGGGUUGUGGCUCUCGGUCCUCAUUUCAGGAAGCUCUGUGUUGAGCACAUUGUUUCAGCGUACAGAACUUCUAGCAGCAGAUUGAUAUUGCUUGAUUAUGAUGGAACAAUAAUGCCCCAUGCUUCGGUGAAUAAGACUCCAAGUGAUGAGAUCAUUGCUGUGCUGACCAGUCUAUGCAGCGAUCCCAAGAAUGUCGUCUUUGUUGUCAGCGGCAGGGACAAGGAUUGCUUGAGUAAGUGGUUCUGCCCUGUUGAGAAAUUGGGUAUCUCUGCUGAGCAUGGCUACUAUACCAGGUAUGUUCAUCUUCUCAUUAUUGGUGUACUAGAUAUUCCAAAAAUGUAUUGAAAUCAUAGGUAAACUAGAUGAGAUGUGUUCUUGGAAUUUUCUGAUGAUUUAAACAGAGCAUCAUCAUAUCUCCGGAAACUAUGGGGUUGCUAUAUUCUCUAUAAUGAUCUGGCAAUUUAUGGCACAGUUUGAUAUCUGGGUAUUUGAGGAAUUUUGAUGUUUCAAGUGAGGUAAAAUUCGUCAGAUUUUGUUGAAAAUAAGAAUUUACCAGCCAUGAAACAUGUUUGUCCAGGUGGUCCGCAGAUUCUCCAUGGAAGAAGUGCUCUCUAUCCGUUGACUUCAAUUGGAAAAAGAUUGCAGAGCCCGUCAUGAAGCUGUACAUGGAGACGACCGAUGGUUCAUCCAUUGAACACAAGGAAAGCGCGCUGGUUUGGCAUCAUCAGGACGCUGACCCAGAUUUUGGGUCUUGUCAGGCUAAAGAACUUCUCGAUCACCUCGAGAACGUGCUCGCCAAUGAGCCUGUCGUGGUCAAAAGGGGGCAACAUAUAGUCGAAGUCAAACCUCAGGUAUCAUACGCGCGCACCUUUAUUUCUCUUGCAGCAUUAUUAUACUUAUUCGAGUAUCUCAGAUUUUCUUAAACUAUUCCCUUCCGAAUCUCUCCAUUACAGGAAUAAAUACUGAUAAUUUCCAUAUAUAUCCGUUAUUAUUUCUCGUGGAUCAUCAUUAUUCGUUCCAAAUUUCUCCAAUUAUCGGCAGAAAUGUCGAUAUUUUCCAUAGACAUUCGUCAUUAUUUUGUUUUGCAUCGUUAUUAGUCUUAUUGGGUCUGUUCCCUUCCAGAUCUUUCCGCUGUACGCUUAAUUCUUGAUAUUCUCCAAAUAUCUCCAUCAUCAUGAUCAUGCCCAGUUUGGAAGUGAAAACACUACAUUUUGACAAAAAAGUCAACUGUAAUCUGCAGGGAAUCAGCAAGGGGAUGGCGGUCGAAGAUCUCAUCUCCACAAUGUCAACGGGGGGGAGGUCUCCAGACUUCAUCCUGUGCGUGGGAGACGAUCGAUCCGACGAGGACAUGUUCGAGAAGAUCUCAAGCUCUUCGGGGGUCUUCGCCUGCACCGUCGGCCGGAAGCCGAGCAAGGCCAAGUACUACCUCGACGACCCGGCCGACGUGGUGAGGAUGCUCCAGGGCCUGGCCACCUCCACCGGCGCCGCCACCCGGCCGCCCAAGCCCGCCGCCAGCCCCCCCGUCUCCUUCGAGCGAUGA